AUGGCGUCCGAGAAGAAAAAACUCCGCAUCGCGAGCGUGGGGAGCUCCUUCGCCGCGGGCCCUGGCAUUCCCCCGCAAAUAAAGCCAUUUGCUGCGGGGCGCUCAGGACAGAACUAUCCCCAUCUUCUAGCCAAAGAGUUAAACGCGGAUCUCACCGACCUUUCGGUCUCUGGCGCAACCUUGCUGAACAUCACAGCCGAGCCACAAGUCACAGCUUAUUCGGAUGCCGUGUUCCCGCCUCAGAUUCUGUCUAUUCCCGAGGAUGCAGAUAUCAUCACCAUCACGGCCGGUGGGAAUGACAUCGGCUACAUAGGCAACAUGAUUCAAGACGCUGCAGACGCGACUUAUUCCCAAGCAAGCCUAGCAACGACUACCCCCCUCUUCGACGAGGAGUUUUCAUUACCCAAGAGACUGGGCGACACCCUUGAUAGGAUACAUGAAAAGGCUCCCAAGGCGCGCAUCUAUGUGGUCGAAUACCUCGCUAUUCUGGGUCCUUGCACAAAGCCUAAGGUUGACAUCCCCUUCAAUCAAGAGAGGAUUGACCACCAUUCACGGGUGGCGUCGAGACUGCAGAAUGCUUAUGCGAUGGCAGUAGCGACGAGAUCGGACUGGUGCGAAAGGGUACCUAUCCACCAGCUCAGCUUAGAUCACGCCCUUGGUAGCCAGGAGCCCUGGGUUAGCGGCUUUGAUUUGAACUGGAUGUCUCAGGGGGGAGUUGUCCUUCACCCUAACCUCGGUGGAAUGCAGGCAGUUGCUGGCAUUUUACUUGAAACAAUUCGGAAGGAGACACCACGCCUAUAA